CUUUUAACACUUAGGCCUAGUUUGGGAAUUGAAUUGAUAAUUUGGCUUAUUUAGGAAGUGGCCCUUUAGGGCUCGCAAAGAAAGGGAACAGGUGAAGUAUCUGGUUGCUGGCUGCUGAAUUUGAGGAUGCCUUCAUCCCAAACAAUAAUUCGAAUCCUUUUGAUUGGAGCAAUGCACAUGGGUGGAAUUUAUGUUGGUAUUUCAGUCGGCCUAGAGGCAAGUCGUUACGUGAGGUACAGGCGGGAAAGGGCAAGUGAUUUGAUGGAGUACAACAGGAGGCAGGCAAGGGCAAGUGAUUUCAUGGACGACAGGCGGGAAAAGGAAAGUGAUUUCAUGGACAACAUGUGGGCAAGGGAAAGUGAUUUCAUGGACAACAUGUGGGCAAGGUACUAUGAAAAGAAGGAUGUUGGCAGUUCGAGUGACAAAUCUGGUUGAAUGAAGGAAAAUGAGAACAAUACUAUUCACUAAUUACUGGUACUUAAAGACUAUUGUUGUUAUGUUUUCAUGGUGUUUAUUGAUGGGAGCAGUGUAGAUAUUAUGUUGACCUGUUUGUUUGCAAACUUAAAUCAAACAAUCUUCACCAGGCCAUUGGGUACUUUACUGAUGGAAUUUCAUGUAGCUGGCUUAAUUUUAUAAAUGUAUGAUCACCCACCCUUUACUGUUUGGGAAAA